GGACCGGCUCCAGUGGCCCCCCAGAGCUGGAACCGUGAGCAACACGUAUACACACGCUAGAAUACAUUAAAUAUUACAUUAGAUUGACUUACAAAAAAAAGACGGACACAAGAAGAAGAACAGGGAGAGCUCCAAUCCCGAAAAGAAGAGAGAACAAAAAAAAAAAAAAUCCAAAAGAGAAAACAAAAGUUUUUUUUUUUUUUUCUUUUGGAGGGAGAGAAAGCUCAAGAAAGAAAAAAAAAAUCAUUUUCAACGUGUGACUAAGGGAAUUGAGAGGUUCUCUGGUACAUCGUCGUUUUACUUGGAAAAACGAGAGAAAAAGGAAAAGGCGACAUCAACACAAAUUGUCUCUUUGCGGGUGAAUUUAGGGCUCCCGCUCUCUUCCGUUGUUCUGUGUGUUCCUGCGCGAGUUCCGGUUUCUCAACAAAGGAAUCGAAAAAAAAGUCAAGAAACGUCUCAAAAAGAAAUGUCUCAGCGGUCAAUAGUGCCGUCCGAGAAGCAAGUCCUGCUGUCCCAGCAGCGGACGAUGGAGCAGCGUUCAUCGGCAUCAUCGACUACCGUCCGUGAAUCGCACACCCGCGGCCAAGAGACCCGUGUCGCCCAACAGACAUUCACGUCGCAACAGCAAAGCACCAACACCACUCACAGAGUUCAGGGUGCUAUGCUGCAACAGGGUCAUCAAAUUCAGCAACAGGGCCAUCAAAUCCAGCAACAGGGCCAUCAAAUCCAGCAGCAGGGAUAUCAACAACAACAGCAGCAGCAGAUGAUAAUGAGCGGUGGCCGACCGUCAAUGGUCAUGGACGGCUCGCCACCAGUCUUUGAGCAAAUCUUUCGAAAUGCCCGUUUCGCUCAGGGGGGCGAUGCCUUUUUUGAAGGCAAAGUGACCGGCAAUCCCCGGCCUGAACUGUCCUGGACCCGUGAAGGCAAACCACUCGCCACGGGUGGCAAAUACCAAAUGCAAUACGAGCCAACUUCGGGCAAAGUUUCUCUACUUAUCACUCACAUUGGGCCUGGAGACGAAGGCGAAUACACGUGCACGGCUGUCAACAAAUUUGGCGAAGCCAUUUGCACCGUUUACAUCCAGCCGGAAGGACUCAACUUUCCUCAACAUCUGCCAGACAUACACGAACGCAGCGCUCACACUGAGCUGCUCUCUUACCAAACGAACGGAAAUCAACAACAGCAAGAGCUCUACGAUGUCGACUUUAAGGUGGACACGUUCGAGUACCGGCUGUUGCGCGAGGUCGAAUUCCGCGAAUCGCUCACCCGCCGCUCGCAGUUGGAUCUCCAUACAGAGACCGAGACCGAAACUGAGACGGAUUUUGAGCAGCUUACCACACCACUUGCACCGCCUCAACUGGUUCAGCAACCCCGUAAUACUAAGCUGCUCCAAGGCUCUGAUGCCACCUUUCAGGCCAAGCUUCAAGGCAACCUGAAGCCAAAGUUGACGUGGUUCAUGAACGGCGCCCGCUUGAACCCAUCACCUCGUCAUCAGUUGACCCACAGCAACCACCUGGCGACGCUCAAAAUUCGCAACGUCCAACCUCAGGAUGCUGGACAUUACACGCUGUUUGCCGAAAACGCUGCCGGAUGCAUCGUUUCAACUGCUUUCUUAGCCGUCGAGCCUUCCGGCGCCAGCAAUGGAUUCUCGCCAGUCGAUAAACGCGCCCAGUCUCGUCCGGCCGCAGCUAUGGCCAACAACGAAGUCACUGCCGCCAAAGUGCCCAGGACCGCUUCGCAAGAACGUCCCGGAAACGAUGCCGUCGUCAUGGAAACUGGCGAACCGAGUGGAAAAGCUCUACCCCCGCAGUUUGUCCGCGUUCCGGCUGACCAGGAAGUGGGAGAAGGCAAAAUGGUCCGUUUUGAUUGCCGUAUCACCGGCCGUCCCUACCCCGACGUCUUGUGGUACCUCAACGGCCACCAGAUCCUCGACGAUGCGACGCAUAAAAUUUUGGUCAACGAAUCUGGCAACCACGCCUUGAUGAUUACUGGCGCCGGCCUCAACGAUUCUGGAGUCAUCCAGUGUGUGGCCCGCAACAAAGGUGGCGAGGCCAGUUUCCAAGUCCGGCUAUCGGUGAUCGAACGCGAGCAAGUCGUCGCUCCGAAAUUCGUCGAACGGUUCACCACCGUUCACGUCAAAGAAGGCGAGCCCGUUAGUCUGCACGCCCGCGCAAUUGGAACGCCCAUCCCCAAGCUCACCUGGCAAAAGGACAGCGUUCCAGUCAGCUCAGCCGGACCGGAAUUGUCUAUUAGAAACGAGGGCGGCUACAGCGCUCUUGAGAUCCCUUGCGUCCGUCUUGCCGAUGCCGGAUGGUACCAAUGUACGGCUCAGAACGUUGCCGGAUCGACUGCUACCCGCGCUAGACUCUUUGUCGAUCAGCAAAAACUCUCUUCGGGCCAACCGAAAGCCAUGCGUUUCCCCAAGCCAACGAAAGUCAUCCAGCCACAGCCGGAACCCGAGCCAGAAGUCAUUUAUUUACGUCACGUCGAACGCGCGCGCCCUCAAGCGCCCCGUCGCGAAGAAGAGGAACGUGUUUAUGAGGCGCCCAUUUUCAUCCUUCCGUUGAAAGAUGUGAAUUUAGCCGAAGGCCAGCGAGCCUAUUUCGAAGCCAAAGUGAAUCCAGCCGGCGACCCGAAUAUGCGUGUCGAUUGGUUCAUCGAUGGCAAACCUUUGGCGGCCAGCUCUCGUGUCACGGUUACUUACCGUUUUGGCUACAUUUCUCUGCUGUUGAUUGGCGUCAUCCGCGAAGACAGCGGAGUCUACACUUGCCGCGUUAGCAACGAGGCCGGCUACGCUGAUUCGAGCGCCACGAUGAACGUCGGCCCGCGGGCCACCAUUGAAUCCACCUCGCAGCAUCCCGAAUCGCUGGAACAGAUCCAAAUGUUGGAAGAUUAUUCGCGCUAUCAGCGCAACACUUCUGUCGAGGAGAGUUUGUCCGGCUCGCGUCCCGUCUUUGUGAAACCGUUGCACGACCUCGGCAUCAUGAACGAAGGCGCUUAUGCCCAUUUUGAGGCGCAAAUUCAGCCCGUCAGCGAUCCGUACAUGAGGAUCGAAUGGUACAAAGAUGGUCGUUCCAUCACCGCCAGCUCGCGCAUCACUACCAUCUACAAUUUCGGGUACGUGGCAUUGAAUGUAAUGCACUUGCGCUCCGAAGAUGCAGGCAUGUACACCGUCAAAGCCAUCAACCGUCAAGGAGAGGCUGUCAGUCAGGCCUCGAUCCAGGUUGCCACACGUGGCACGGUCACUGGAGAUUUGGGUAUCCCAGAACAACAACGUUACAUCGAACGUAUUGAAGAAUUGGAAGCGUAUCAGCUGUCGCUGGCCCAGCGCGGUCAGCCGGAGCCUAUCGAGGCUACGUCGCCACCCGAGUUCAAGUCGCCCAUCAAAGAUCAAUUUGAAAUUCGUGAAGGAGGCUUUGCACACUUUGAAGCUCGUCUUGAACCCAUCGGCGAUCCUAAACUGACAGUUCACUGGUUUAAAGAUGGGAAACCACUGGAGGCCAGUUCUCGCAUCACCAAUUUCUUCAAUUUCGGUUACGUCGCGUUGACUAUCAAAUUCAUCACGGUCCACGACCGCGGUGUGUAUACGUGCGUGGCCCGCAAUGCGUUGGGUGAAGCCCAAACGACGGCCAAACUCACCGUCAUUUCGAAGCAGGACAUUCUGCUCGAGACGCAACACCCCGAAGGUUUGGAGAAGAUCCGUUACCUGGAAGACGAUUCGCGUUACGCUCGCAAGGAAGAGACUGUUACAUCGGUCACCAUCAAACCGCGUUUCCUCGGCCCACUGAAGGGAACCAACAAGAUUGUCGAGGGCCAGAAAGCCCAUUUCGAAAUCCGACUGGAACCGCAAAAUGACUCGACUUUGCGCGUGGAGUGGUACUUUAACGGCAAAGUCCUCAUGCAGGCGAGUCGCAUCCACCUGUUCCACGACUUUGGCUAUGUGGCCCUGGAUAUUUUGGAUGUGCGAUCUGAAGAUGCUGGUACUUACACCGUAGUUGCCCGCAACGCUCUUGGCGAAGCCCAAUCAGAAACCACUAUGGUGGUGGAGACCCGUAGCAGCGUCGACACUACGUCGAUGCACCGCGUCGCUUACGACAAAGCUCAGCGCUUGGAAGAAUCGAAAUUCCAGGAACCGCAAUACGACAUUGAAGAGAUUUCCAAAUCUCGGCCGAUUUUUGUGAUCCCAUUAAGCGACCCGCAUCCCGUCAACGAAGGCAACAACGUCCAUUUGGAAUGCCGUCUGGAACCGAUGGGUGACCCAACAAUGCGCGUCGAAUGGUAUUUUAACGGCAAACCGAUCACGGUCGGGUCCCGUUUCAAGUCUUACUUUGAUUUCGGAUUCGUCGCCUUGGAUGUGAUUGGCGUGACGGCCUUGGAUUCCGGCGAGUACACCGUCCGCGCCACUAACCAUUUGGGCACGGCCCACACGUCGGCCUGUGUCCGCAUCAUCGGUCGUUCCGACAUUAUGACCGAGACUCAGCACGAAGGCGCUUGGGAGCAGAUUCAAAUGCUGGAAGAUUCUUCGCGUUACAGCCGCAAACAAGUGGAAGAGAUGUCCGUCGAGCAGAUUCCGCUGUUCACCAAACCGCUGCACAACAUCGAAACGGUUGAAGGCACCAACAUCCAUUUGGAGUGCCGUCUCAUCCCAGUUGGAGAUUCUUCCAUGCGAAUCGACUGGCUCGUCAAUGGACAACCCAUCCGCACUGGGCAUCGCUUCCGUCCGGCUUUCGAUUUCGACUACGUGGCGCUGGAUAUCCUCAGCGUCUACCCUGAAGAUUCCGGUGUCUACACUUGCCGCGCUUACAACAAACUGGGCGAGGCUGUCACUUCCAGCAGCGUCCGCGUCGUUGCCAAAUCGCAGUUGAUACUCGAAUCGCAGCAUCCCGGCGGUUUGGAGAAGAUCCAAUACUUGGAAGACGCUUCGCGCUACAAGCGCCGUGAGGACAUCGAUGAAAUCGUUGCCAUCCGUCCGCGUUUCCUGUCCAAACCUAAACCGCAAGAAGGUCUGCGUGAGGGACAAAACGCUCAUUUCGAAUGCAAAUUGGAACCCGUUCAGGACCCUAAUCUCAAGGUGGAAUGGUUCAAAAACAAUUGCCCCGUCACCAUCGGCAGCCGCUUCCGUCCCAUCCACGAUUUCGGCUACGUAGCGCUGGACAUCAUCGGUCUAAUCGCCGAAGACACUGGCGUCUACACGUGCCGCGCUCAGAAUGCCGUCGGCGUGGACGAGACAUCGGCCACUUUGUCGUGCAAAUCGUCCAAGCAGAUCGUGACGGAAGCGCAGCGCGAAAACCUUGGCAUGGAGAAGUUGCAAUAUUUGGAAGACAAAUCGAAAUACCAUCGGGCCGAAGAAUCCGAAGAGAUUUGCACUCAGGCGCCAGUAUUUACCACGUCGUUGAAAACGAUCGAAAUCAAGGAAGGCCAGCGCGCUCAUUUCGAGUGCCGUUUGAUUCCCGUUUCGGAUCCCACCAUGAGAGUCGAGUGGUUCCAAAACAACGUGCCGCUCAAAUCCGGCUCUCGUUUUAUGGAGACCAACAGCUUCGGAUUUGUUGCCCUGGACAUUAUGUACGCCUACCCCGAGGAUGCUGGCACUUAUACCUGCCGUGCGUCAAAUGCUUUGGGGCAGGCCGUUACCUCGUGCCAGUUGAAUGUCCACUCGAAGAAAUCCAUCGUACGAGAGACCCAGAAUCAGACGGCCUUGAGCCAGAUCCAGUACCUGGAAGAUACUUCACGCCAACAGCGACCCUCUGACGUCGACGACUCUACUACCCAGGCUCCAGUGUUUACUCAGCCGAUGAAGAACUUGACUUUGAAAGAAAACCAAUCGGCCCAUUUCGAAGCCCGUCUCAUCCCUGUUGGAGAUUCUCGCCUCAAAGUGGAAUGGUUUAAGAACGGAGUGCCUCUCCAGGAUGCCAACCGAAUUUCGACACUGAACGAUUUCGGCUUCGUAGCCCUGGAUUUGAAGUACGUCCGCCCCGAUGAUUCCGGCACUUAUUCGUGCCGUGCCACCAACGAAUUGGGUCAAGCCGUGACGUCGGCUACGUUGAUUGUCCAGUCGAGGGACACGUUAGUCGUCACCGAGACGCAACAUCAAACCGCUCUGGACAAACUCCAGUACCUGGAAGAUACUUCGCGCUACCAACGUCAAGUUGAAGAGGAUUCCGUCGUGACGGAGAAGCCCAAAUUCGUGGCUCCGCUCAAUGGGCCAACUAAAUUGGUGGAGGGUCAAAACACCCACUUUGAAUGCCGCAUCGAACCGUACCCGGACCCCAGCAUGAAGGUGGAAUGGUUCCACAACGGAAAGGCUUUGUCCACUGGCCAUCGUUUCCGCACCGUUCACGAUUUCGGUUUCGCUGCCCUGGACAUCCUCAGCGUCUAUCCCGAAGAUUCUGGAGAGUACACCAUCAAGGCUACCAACAAGCUGGGCAGCUGCACGUCCACCCUCAGCAUUGACGUAUCGUCGCGUUCCGGCCUUAUUACCGAAUCGCAGCAUCAAGCGGCUCUGGACAAGAUCCUGUACCUGGAAGACGACUCGCGUCACAGGCGCAUCGAUGAAGUCGAUUCUGCCAUGACGGACAAGCCGUCAUUCGGCCGUCCACUUUGCAAUUUGAACCUGGCUGAAGGCCAGUCCGCUCACCUGGAAGCCACCCUGGUGCCCGUUAAUGACCCGACGAUGCGUGUUGAAUGGUAUCACAAUGGCCGCCCCAUCUCCCAGGGCCAUCGUUUCCGCACGACUUAUGAUUUCGGUUUUGUGGCUCUGGACAUCCUCUACGCUUACGCUGAAGAUUCUGGAACGUACAUGUGCAAAGCCAUCAACGCCAACGGAGAAACUGUUACCACUUGCUCCGUCACGGUUGAAGGCAAAGCUGGGCUCGUCUUGGACACGCUCGAUCAACAACGACUGACCAAAAUCAACGAGCUGGAAGCUUACACGCGUCCGGCCAAGGAAGACGUUGAGCAGGAGAUGCAGCGACCCAUAUUCACUACCCCGCUGCAGAACUUGGAGAACAUGAAGGAAGGCGAUCACGCCCAUCUCGAGUGUCGCCUGGAGCCCAUCAACGAUCCGAAAAUGCGGGUCGAGUGGUACGUCAACGGCAUGGCCAUCCGCACUGGCCAUCGCUUCCGCGCCACCCACGAUUUCGGCUACGUCGCCCUGGAUGUCUUGUACACUUAUCCGGAAGACACUGGCACCUACAUGUGCAAGGCCAUCAAUGCCCUGGGCGAAGCUGUCAACACCUGCACCAUCCAGGUGGCUUCUCGCAAGUCCAUCUACUUGGAUUCGCAACAUCCGGAAGGCUGGGAAAAGAUCCGCGCUCUUGAGUCGCACACCACGUCCCGUCCCGAAGAAGUGGAGGAGCCUGCCGGCCCGCCUCGUUUCAUUACCGAGCUGCAGGGCACCACCAAAUUGCAAGAAGGUCAAACGGCCCAUUUGGAAUGCCGGGUCGAGCCUGUCCGUGACCCCAAACUGCGCGUCGAAGUGUUCCACAAUGGAAAGCCACUCCAAUCGGCUUCACGUUACCACGUCACCUGCGACUUUGGUUACAUUGCCCUUGAUAUCAAGCACGUCCUACCGCAAGAUGGCGGAACGUACACCGUCAAAGUUAUCAACGACUUUGGAGAGUGCAGCUCAUCCAUCGACAUUGAGGUUGAGGGACGUAGUGGCCUCAUCCUGGAAUCGCAACAUCCUCAAGGAUUGGAUAAGAUUCGCGAACUGGAAGAUGCCAAUCGCUUCCGUAAAGAAGUCAACCUGGAACCGGUUCCUUUCCAGCGACCCGUAUUCACUGCCCCACUGCAGAAUUUGGAAGGCCUACUGGAAGGCGCUAAUGCUCACCUGGAGUGCCGUUUGAUUCCCGUCGGUGACCCCUCCCUCAAGGUGGAAUGGUUCCGCAAUAACCUUCCGCUGGAAGACUCUUCCAGAAUCCAAAAGACGCACGAUUUCGGCUAUGUGGCGUUGGACAUUUCUCACAUCCGCGACGAAGAUCAAGGCAUUUACAUGUGCCGGGCAACCAACUCUCUGGGCGAGGGCGUCACGACGGCCUCUGUCAGGAUCCUCUCGAAGGCCAGCAUCAUGCUGGAGACUCAGCAUCCCGAAGGUAUGCGCAAAAUACGCGAGCUGGAGGAAGGCAAAGCCCCGCAACGUGGACCCGAGUUGGACAACGUCUUUGAAAAGCCCGUCUUCACCACCUGCUUGACUGGUCCGGCUGAACUUCUCGAAGGCCAAAACGCCCACUUUGAAUGCCGCGUCGUGCCCGUCGGCGAUCCAUCGCUCCACUUCGAAUGGUACGUCAACGGCGUCGAGCUGAAGAUGGGCUCCCGCUUCCGAGUAACCCACGAUUUCGGCUACGUCACGCUCGACGUCAGCUCCGUCAUCCCCGAGGAUUCGGGAGUUUACAUGUGCAAGGCUAUCAACAAGGCCGGUGAAGCUGUUUCCACCACCGCCAUGAAAGUGCGCGCUCGCGGAAGUAUCCUGGGCGACGCUGUCCAGCCGCAGGCUUGGCAGAAGAUCCAGUUGAAGGAGACGGAAUUGAACCGAGCGCCCACUGCCUAUGAAGACGCUCCGCUAAGUGAAGCUCCUCGAUUCAUCAAGAACUUGGUCAAUCAGGAGCUGCUGGCUGAAGGUCACAACCUUCAUCUCGAAGCCCAGGUUGAGCCCAAGACCGAUCCCAACUUGCGAGUUGAAUGGUAUCACAACGGCGUCCAGCUGAUGACUGGCUCUCGCAUCCGCAGCACUUUUGAUUUCGGACUCGUCUCGCUGGACAUCAUCGGCCUGCGUCCCGAGGAUUCCGGCAUCUACGUCUGCAAGGCGGUCAACAAACAAGGAGAAGCUGUUUCAACCUGCACCAUCCGAGUGGAAGCCCACGGUUGGCUGCUGGGCCAGGCGCUGCGCCCUGAAGCGUUGGCCAAGAUUGCGGCGCUGGAAGAGCAGCAAGUCCGCCAAAUGGUGGAGCAGGAGGCGGACUUUGAGUCGCCCGUCUUCAUCACUCACUUGAACAACGUCGAGUGCCGCGAAUCGGAAACUGCCCACUUCGAAUGCCGCGUCCAGCCCAGCAAAGAUCCGACCAUGAAAAUCGAAUGGUUCGUCAACGGCAAACCCUUGCCCGUCGCUUCCCGCUUCAACGCCACCUACGAUUUCGGCUACGUCUCGCUGGACAUCAGCCACGUCUACGCCGAAGACUCUGGCGUCUACACCUGCCGCGCGCAGAACGCCAAAGGCCAGGCCGUCUCGACGGGAACGUUGCGCUGCACCAGCAGAGAAAACGUCUACCUGGACACUCAACACCCGCAGGGCAAAGCUGGCCUGGAAGCCGUCCACGAAGCUGAACAGGCUUACUACGCCAAGUACCAGCGCCAAUCAUCGAUGCCCGAGGCUAGCUUCCCCAAACCGCUCUUCAUCAUCCCCCUGCCCGAGAAGUUCUCGCCGGCCGAGGGCCAGCCGCUGCACAUGGAGUGCCACGUCGAGCCUAAACAGGAUCCCAAACUGCGCGUGGAAUGGUUUUUCAACGGCAAGUUGCUGGACCACGGCUCGCGUUUCAAGAUGACCAACGAUUUCGGAUUCAUUUCGCUCGACCUGUCCGACGUCUAUUCGAGAGAUCAGGGCGUCUACACUUGCCGCGCCACCAACGCGGCCGGCGAGGCCUUUACCACCACCACCGUCUACUGCCAGGGCAAAGAGGGUCUCAUCGAGGGCACUCAACAUCCCAAAGGCGAAGCUGGUCUGGAACAGAUUCAGCGAUUGGAGGAUUCUCUCAUGCCGUCGACAGGUGGCGACGAUGCGGACGAAGAGGGAAAAGCCCCCGUCUUCACGUCGCAGUUCCAGAAUGUCACCAACUUGCUGGAGGGCGAUAUCGCUCACUUCGAGGCGACGUUGACGCCAGUCGGCGAUCAAACCAUGACCGUCGAAUGGUUCUACAAUGGCCAGUCGUUGAAAUUGGGUCAUCGCGAACGCACCGUCCACGCUUUUGGCAUGGUCGUCCUAGAAAUCAUCGGCACAAAAGUCGAGGAUUCCGGAAUCUACACUUGCAGGGCUACUAACAAAUGGGGCGUGGCUGAGAUCAGCGUGACUCUUGAAUGCGUCGACAUGUCCAGCGGUCAGAAACCUGAAUUUACUUCUCAGAUUCAGAGCCUGGAGGGUCUCAAGGAUGGCCAAUCUGCUCAUUUCGAAUGCACGUUGGUCCCCGUCGGAGAUCCCAAUCUCAAGGUGGAAUGGUUCGUCAAUGGUCAACCGUUGCGUCAUUCAUCUCGCAUCAAGACCGUCUCGGACUUUGGUUUCGUCGUUCUGGACAUCGCCUACGUCCAGUCGCACGAUUCCGGCGAGUACAUUUGCAAGGCCAGCAACAAGUUUGGCGAAGACUUUACUCGCGCCACAUUGCGCUGCGUCGGAAAGGGAGGUGUCUAUUCCGACUCUCUCCAGCCGGACUCGCUGGCCAAGAUCCGCGCCUUAGAAGAACAAUCGCUGGGCGAGCCAGCUCCAAUGGCCGCCGCCUCCGAGGCACCGAAAUUCGUCACUCAAUUGGCUGACAUUGCCCGACUGGUUGAAGGUCAAAGCGCCCACUUUGAGGCCCGUCUGACGCCCGUCAACGACCCACUGCUGAUGGUCGAGUGGUACUGCAACGGAACCAAGCUGCCAACUGGGCACCGAUUCCGCACCUUCCACGACUUUGGCAUCGUCAUCUUGGAUAUCCUUUACUGUUACGAGGAGGACUCGGGUGUCUACGAAUGCCGGGCAGUCAACCAGCUCGGUCAAGACAGCACCCGAGCCACGCUCAAAUGCCUGUCAAAGUCCAGCCUCAUCCUGGACUCUCAGUUGCCCAAGGGCAUGGAUUCGUUGCAGAAGAUCCAGUCGUUGGAAGACAAGGAACGUCACGAUGGCGCUGUUGAGGAGGUGCGCCGCCAAGCGCCCGUCUUCACGGUCCCACUCAACAAUGUGGCCGGCUUGCGUGAGGGAGAGAAUUCCCACUUCGAGGGCCGUUUAACUCCCACGGACGAUCCUAAACUCAAGGUCGAAUGGUUCUUCAACGGCAAACCCCUGAAAACGGGUUCUCGCAUCCGCACGUUCAGCGACUUCGGAUUCGUCAUUUUGGAGAUUUCGCCCGUCUACCCAGAAGAUUCCGGCGAGUAUUCGUGCCGUGCUACCAACGACUACGGCGAGGCCGUCACUUCGGCUACGCUGAAAUGCCAGGGCAAGCGCAACGUCAUUUUUGAAUCGCAACUGCCCAAGGGCAUGGAACGCACCAUCGAGCGCAUCGCUGAGCUGGAAGGACUAGGCGGACGGCCAGCAGAUCAAGCCCCCGAAACGGACACUGGCAAGCCACCCGAGUUCUUGAGCCAGCCAGGAGAUCUUCUCCUACCCGAGAACGGCCUGGCUCAUUUCGAAACGAAAUUGACUCCCGUCGGCGAUCCCAGUCUGCGCGUCGAAUGGUUCCAUAACGGCAAACCGUUGCUGGCCGGCUCUCGAGUCAAAACCAUUUCCGAUUUCGGCUUUGUUAUCUUGGAAGUUACCGGAGUCUACGCUCGCGAUGCUGGCCUCUACACCUGCAAGGCCAGCAACAAACACGGAGAGGCGUCCGUCUCGUGCACCCUGCAAGUCAAGGGCCGUCAGGGUAUCAUCCUGGAACCGCAGCUGCCGCAGAGCUUCAAGAGCGGCACCCAAUCCAUCCAGAAACUGGAGGAGAAUCUCUACAAACGCGACGAGCCGGCCGCUCCGGCUGACGACCAGCCGAACCCGCCUCGUUUCGUCAGCGAAAUCCAAGACCUCGACUUGGUCGAAGGACAAGCGGCCCACUUUGAUUGCCGCGUCGAGCCCGUCGGAGACGCUUCCAUGCGUAUCGAAUGGUUCCACAACGGCCGUCCGCUUGGCUCCGGCUCUCGCAUCCGCAUGCUGGACGAUUUCGGCUUUGUCGUCCUGGACAUUGACUGGACUUUCCCUCGCGAUGCUGGAGAGUACGUCUGCCGUGCCACCAACCGUUGGGGCUCGGCCACUACCAAAGCCAAACUGGUCACCAAGGGCAAACGAGGCGUCAACACGGACUCGCAAUUGCCGCAAGGCAUGACGGGCGAAAAACUGCGCGACCUGGAACGCGGCCCAGUUGUUGAACGAAUCCAGGAAGACGCCCCCGAAGCUGCUCCCCACUUCACUCAGCAACUCAAAGAGAUGUCGAUGGAAGAAGGUGAAACCGCCCAUUUCGAAUGUCGCGUCGAACCCAAGACGGACGCUAAUCUGCGAGUCGAAUGGUACCACAACGGCAAACUGCUUCAAAGCGGACAUCGUUUCCGUACCGUCUUUGAGCUUGGCUUCGUCUCGCUGGACAUCCUCUACGCUUAUCCGGAAGAUGCCGGAGAAUACCUUUGCCGUGCCUUUAACCGCAUGGGCGAGGCCACAACGAAAGCCAGUCUAACUUGCAAGAGUGUUCCAGCCAUCAUCAUGCAGAAUCAAAUGCCGCGCGGCAUGAAGAAAUCCGAGACUCUGCUCCAGAUGGAAGCCGCUCUCAAGAAAUACACAUCUGAAAUCUUUUUAACUGAAGACGAUAUCUACGACGCUGAUAAACGUCAGCCACCGAGAUUCGUGACGCAGAUCAAGGACAUGUUGGAGCUCAAGGAGAUGGAAAUGACGAAAUUUGAAUGUCAAUUGGCUCCGGUGGGUGAUCCCAGCAUGCGCGUCGAAUGGUUCUUCAACGGCAAACCGUUGGCCUACAAGACCCGUUUCACUCCCAUCUACGAUUUCGGUUACGUUGCCAUGAAUUUCGGAUGGGUCUAUCCGGAAGACAGCGGCGAAUACGUUUGCCGAGCCACCAACAAGUACGGCAUGGACGAAACGCGCGCCUUCAUCAAGACGACGGGCAGCAAAGGCAUCAUUUACGAUUCGCAAUUGCCCAAGGGCAUGCAGAGUGUCGAGAUGAUCCGUGAAAUGGAAGCCUCCUGGCAGAGGAUGCCCGACGAAAGGGUCGAAGCUGAAGUGCAAAAGGAAAAGCCCGUCUUUGUACUGAAACCAAAGGACGUCCAGGUGAUGGAAGGCGAAUGGGCACGUUUCUGCUGCCGCGUUACCGGCUAUCCUCGCCCGCGUGUCAUGUGGAUCCUGAAUGGCCACACUGUCAUCAACGGCACUCGCAACAAGUUGACGUACGACGGUAUGUGGCACCUGGACAUCCCCAAGACGCGCCAGUACGACGAUGGCAAACUCGAAGUAGUGGCCCGCAACUCCCAGGGAUCUGCCAGCUGCGUCGUCGAGCUCAAAGUGACAGCCCGCACUGACGAUCAUCGUGGCGUCCUUAAGAAUUCACCGAAACCAUGGUAUGAUAGCGACCUGAAAACUUACCAAAAAGAUCGGCAAGAUGGUGGCGAACUUCAAAGACGUUUCGAAGACCCAUCUCGCCAGGCGCAGACGGACUCUGCUGAAUUCUUCACUAAGAAGGCCGUCGUCGAAACGCAAACGGAAUGGCAACGUCAAGUCAAGAACAAGAAGAACGACGACUAUUACAAGAGUCUCAAACAGCUGGAGGAGAAUGUCGUGCACAAGGAGGUGAAACUGCGCGAAGCUUCUCACCAGUUCGCCAUCCCGGGCGAGAAGAUUGUCAAGAGUUCCAUGGCUAAAGGCAUGGCCCAAAGCUAUGAAACCAAACUGGAUCACUCGACGGAGACGGACCAGAUGACGACAGUCAUCAGCCGACAGUCGGUGGAGCGCCAAACGGCGACAAGUCGCAAGACGAGCGAAGCGCACCGUUCCGAAGUGCACAUCGAUUCGGAUCGCGGAGGUCUGCCACCUGACCCGUUUGAAUCGUCUGUUCACGGACGCGAAGUGCACGUUGCCAAGCAGAAACAAACCCAAAAGGAAACCAAAGGACAGCUGGAAAUUACGCGUAAGAUCACAGCCACUGAAACUACCGAAGUGGAACACAAAGGUCGCACGCACGAGCGUGUCGUCCAGGGACAAGUGAAACCGGCUGUUCCGCCAUUUUUCACCAAGAAGAUCCAGCCCUGCCGCGUCUUUGAGCACGAAAGUGCCCGUUUCGAAGUGGAAUUUGAAGGCGACCCGACUCCGACCGUUACCUGGUUCCGCGAGGACUUCCCCAUCAAGAACUCGUCCGAGUUCCAGAUCCACAAUUUCGGUUCCAAAUCCGUGCUGACCAUCCGACAAGUCUUUAUGGAAGACUCGGGCAUCUUCGCCGCAGUAGCCGAAAACCGAGGCGGAGGCGCUAAAUGCAGCGCCAAUUUGGUUGUUGAGGAAAGACCUGUUGGACGUGGUGGACUCGUUCCGCCAUCUUUCCUCAGCACCAUUCAAGACACGAGCGUCAAGGCCGGCCAAUUGAUUCGCUUCGAUGCCAAAGUGACUGGAACCAAACCGAUGGACAUUUACUGGCUGAAGAAUGGCCGUAAAAUCGCAUCCGACAUCCGCUACAAAAUCCUGGAAGAGGACGACGUCUACACGCUCAUCAUCAUCGAAACGCUGCCCGAAGAUUCGGGCGUUUACGAAUGCGUGGCCAUCAACUCUGCCGGCGAAGGUCGUUGCGAAGCGCAGUGCUACGUCGAAAUGGCCCAAGUGGUCAAAUCCGGCGGAUCAUCGCCCGACGUUAAAGGCUCUACCAAAUCUUCGACGUCCGCCCCGCGUUUCGCUUUGGCCAUGAAGGAGCAGAACGUUCCGGAAGGUCAAGCGGCCGUCUUCCGAUGCCGCGUGGCUGGUAACCCUCUUCCGCAAGUCAACUGGGAAAAGGACGGCCAACAGAUCAAGCCUUCGCGUUAUUUCAUCAUGUCGCAAGAAGGUAGCGAUACGUACGUCCUCCGCAUUUCGGAAGCUUUCCCGGAAGAUGAGGGCACCUACCGAUGCGUCAUCGCAAACCCGUCCGGCCAGGCUGAAUGCUCUGCCAGCCUCCACGUCAUCGCUCCCGAUUCUGGAGAUGUUCCACCAUCGCUGACUAACCUGGAAGAUGUCAAUGUCGUUGAGGGUAGCCCUGUGCAAUUCCGCACUUUGGUUAGCGGCACUCCGCUACCGACCAUUCAAUGGAUGCGCGAGGGUCAAAUCAUCCCACCUUCAAGCGACUUUCAGAUGAUCCAGGAAGGUAACCACGCCGUUUUGCUGAUUAAAACCACCUACCCGGAGGAUUCGGGCGUCUACACGUGUCGCGCCACCAACCCGGCCAGUCAAGUGGAGUCGUCUGCGUACCUGACCGUGCACAGGAAACAGGCCCGAUUUCAACGGGUUGGUCAUCACAAAGGACCAAAGACGCCUAGCCAUGACCAGACGACUAGCAUCUCCGUUAAGACUGCGGCUAACGUCUCCGUUGCCACAACGUCUACCGAUGAGCAGAGACGGACUAGCCGGUCAGAAGUGGGUCAUCAAGUUGCUCCUUGGAGAAGGAGAGAAUCCAGUUCUCCGCCCACGGAGAGGAUCCCUAUGAUAGAAGAGGCUCCGUGGCGCAAAAGGAGCAGGUCGGAAGACAGGCGUCCUGGCCAGUUAUCUGUUAAGAAAAACGAACCAGCCUGGAAGCAAGGUUUGCAACUGUUGAAGAAACCGCAACAACUAAAGGCCGAAGAAACGUCGGUCAAAACGUCUCCUGCAUGGAAGGGCGGUGCUGAAAGGCUGAGGAAAUCUUCGCCCAAUAGGCGGACGUCUUUGGUCGACACGGUACCGCCCCUGGCCUCCAGGGCGUCGGCCGACAUUCCCUGGAAGAGCGGAGUCCAACUUUUGAAAAAGACAUCGAGAGAAAGUUCGCCUACAAAGGCCGAUCUUCCAGACGUGCCGCAAGAGGCCAAUGUUCCAUGGAAGAUUGGCGUUCAAAUGCUGAAAAAGACUUCGAGGGAUAGCUCGCCGGCCGCUCCGUGUCAAUCGGAAGGUCAGCCUCAACUGGGCGUGCCCUGGAAAUCAGUUCAAUUGCGUAAGACAUCCGGGAGUCGUGAUGUUUCUCCGGAGAAAAGAGAUGCUAGCAGUCAGUUGUUGGAUGUUAUCGAAUGGAAGGCCGGUAAGCAAAUGCUUCGAAAGGGAUCGCCCACGUCAGUUGAAAUCAGCCAAGUUCCAGCAGUUCAUAAGGGAGUUGAUAAAAAACAAUCUGCCAAAGCUUUCCUCACGCAAAAGUUGGCCACCGUAGCGAAAGAGCAGGACGCAAUUUCGGGUGGGACGUUGCAUAAAUCUAGAGAUAAGACGAAGCCGAUUUCAAUCGAAAAGGUAGUUCAAGACGAGCCCAUCCCGCAGGUGGAACUCAAGCCAACGCCCCAAAAGCCGAAAGCCGAUGAAAAGGAACCCAUCCAAGUGGUUUUGAAGAAAAUACCGUCGCAAAUUCAAACGACUUUGGGCGAUUCGCUUGUAGUUUUGAAACCCAUCGACCAAGAUGAAAAACUGGUUGAGAAAAAGACGGAAAUCAAGUCCACGUUAAAGAAAGCAGAACAAACUGAGACAUUCGGUAGAGUUGAGCUGAAAAAGACGCCACAGAAACCCAAAGAAAUUGCUAAACCUGACCAGCGAGUCGAACUCAAACCGAUUCCCCAAAAAGCGAAGAUUGAACAAUCGAAGCAAUUUGAAUAUCAGACAGAAGAGUUUGGUCACGAACCAACAGAUUUGCCAGAUAGCUCCAAAGCCGUUUUGCAGGCCAGCCCAAUCGAAUUACCAGCAGAAAUGUCAUCAACUGAGGUUCCAGUUUUAAAGCAAAAGACUAAACCAACUAUUACAACACCAAAACCGAAAGAAUUUGUUCCAAAGACAGCCAUUACGAAACCAGCAAUCCCUCAAAAACCAACUCCGGAAUCAAUCAAACCGACGGAAGAAACAACACAAAGGUCUUCCGUUUCCAUGGAACGUAAAAAAGAAGCUACUCCAGUGAAUCAGACAGAACAAACAUUUGAAAUAGAAUUCGAAAAUAAAGAGGAGACGUUGAAAGCAAUAACAGAGCAAGUUUCACUCAAACAACUUCCGAAAUCAAAAGAAGCUAUUGUUACAGAGAUCGUGCCGGAAAUUCAAUUGAAAAGGACUCCACAAUCACCUAGUGAGAGCAAGAUCGAAUCAAGCAAGGUAGAAUUGAAAAAAGUUACAAGAAAGGAUCUCAAACCGACUCCAAAGAAAGAAGAACCAAAAGAACUCAAAUCUGUUGUUGCAAAAUCGACUUCAACGGAGGGUGAGCUGGUGGUGUCACCUAGCGAGCAAUUGAAGCAUGAGCCGGAGAGUAUCAUCUCGCAGACGACGAUUGCGGAAGUGAAGGAGCCGAUGGAGCCCACGCCAGUUGAUCAAGAGCCAGAAAACAUUGUAACUCCUUGGAGAACAAAGAAGACAUUGGAGCCUAUUCUUGCCAAAGUUGAAGAUUCCAAGGAAUCUACUGCAUACCCGUCAGAGUCAAUUACGAUCGAUGCCAAUUUGCCAUCGCCUGCAGCCGAGCCCUCAGCAAUCCCAGGCAAGAAACAGAGAGAAACUAUUGACGAGGCUGACAAAAUUCCAGAAGUAGUUCUCAAACGUACAUCACAGAAAAUAAAGCAGGAAGAAACUGUACAGGAAAAUAUCCAGCUGAAAAGAGUGCCACACAAAUCGAAAGACACAGAAGAAUCUAGCAUUACCCUGAAGCCUGUUUAUCGACGAGAUGAGGAAGUAAAAAUUGCUGAAGUAGUUCCGAAACGAACUCUACAGAAAUCCCAACCAGAAGUUGUUGAAUUCGUCGGAAUUCAGCUGAAGAAAGUGCCAGAAAGAAAACCAAAAGAAAUUCCAGAAAGAGCUGAGAUCCGAUUAAAACCCGUUGUAGGCCGUCAGAAUGAGGAAGAACAGCAACUUCCAUCAGACGAAAUGGAAGUCAGAAGCAUCCAGCGUGACGUAAUACCUCAACAGACCAUAGAAUCGACACUUACACUUGCCAAAAGCAGUCCCGAUCAAGUAAGUCAAAGUCAGCCACCAUCAGAAAAGGAUGAAGGCCAACCUGCCAUGCCGACAAGCGUCACUCUUCCGGAAAGCGCACCGGAAGCACUAGAAGCCAAACGAGAAGUGCCCUGGAGAAAGAAAAUCGUUCCAGCCGUUCCACAUUUGCCUGAAGUUAAAGAAAAAACGGUUUCAGUCCCUGUUUCCAAACCGGAUGAAACUACCAAAAUUAGCAUUCCAACUUGCGUUGCGGAAACCGAACCUGAACAGACAAAAGACGUUCUAAUUGAAAGGAAAAUCACUUUAAAACAAGCUGUUACUCCCGUACCUAAGCAAGAAUCACAAAUAGUUCCUAAAGUCUUACCUGAGGAAGCGCCCAAAACUCAGGUAAAGAUCGAUUCAAAUUUUGAAACAGUUCCUUCAGAAUCCAAAGAAAUUCCACAGACUCCUCAACCGAGCAAAUCAGUUAGACGCUCCCCUCGAGAACCGGAAUUAGUGCAGAGCCCACAGCAAGUCGUGCUGAAGCGUACGCCGCAAAAGCCCAAGGUGGAAGAGCCGCAACCCGAGGCGAUCAAGUUAAAGAAGAUACCGCAACGAGAAGUUCCUAGUGCAACUCCUGAAACGCAACCAAACAUUCCCACGUCUAUGUCACGGGUUCCGCAAAAGACGACGGACGUGACAUCAGAUGCCACGAUGAUUUUCAAACCCGUCACGCCCCCACUCAAGGAGAUCGAACCCAAAGUCGUCACUGAAAUCCUACUGAAACCAACUCCGGAAAUAACCACACCCGAAGAGGUUGAAUCUGUUGCAACUGAAAGAACAAUUGCCGAACCCGAUGAGUCUCCAAAACUAGUUGUGAUCAGCAAAUCGCUUAAACGCUCUCCACAACAACCGGAACAAGUGCAAAUUCCGCAACAGGUUGUACUGAAGCGUACGCCUCAGAAGCCUAAACAGGACGCACCGGAACCUGAAAUGAUCCAAUUAAAGAAGAUCCCGCGGCAGGAAGUUUGGCCAACGUUGAUACCGACGCACCGUACGGAAACAACUGAAAUUGAGAUUCCGGAUGGCAAAGAACUUGAGCCGGAUUUACCUGUCACUGUAGAAGCGAAAAUUGACGUCUCACCUUCAUGGAGAAAGCCUCGCCUUCCUUCCGUCGCUGCCGAACAACCGAUCGAAGAGAAACCAGCUAGGGAGCCCGUCUCGGUGACUGCUGUUCCUGAAAUUGCUCCAGCGGAUGAUGAGACUCCUUCCUCCGCCACGGCUCGUUUGAAACGAACCCAACGGAAGUACAUUCCUGACAUUGUGGAAUCCGUGUCGAUGCAAAUUGAACAGGAAGAGCUGAAGCCGAUGACCCCUACGUUGACAUCAACCGCCACUAGUGUCCAGUUGAAACGACCGGACGUGCCUGCCAUCACCUCGCAAAGUAAAACAGAAGAGGAGACAGUGAAACAGGAGAUAAUGGCGGAGCAGGCCGUCAGCAUGACGACGUCCAAAGUUUCGAAAACUGUGCCCAAAACGGAAUUGGUUCAAUCUGCCAGUGUGGAAGAGAAACUUAGACUGCCGAAAAUGAAGGCUUCCAUCAGUUCGACUCCGAAAUGCCAACCGCCCUCGUUCACCAAGAAACUGCAACCACUGAGCAGCCGGACGGGCAAGAAAGUCCGCCUUCAUUGCCAAUUCCAAGGCGAGCCGCAACCCACAAUCACCUGGUACCGAAAUGAAAGUGUUCUGCUGCCCGGUGCUGAUCGAUUGGACAUCACAACCGAGCCGACCAGCUCCGUCUUGGAAAUCAGCCAAGUCGUCCUAGAAGACACGGGAAUCUACACCUGUCGUGCGGUCAACGAGGCCGGCAGUGCGAUUACCUCUGCCAAUUUCAUCGUACAAGCGAAAGGCGAAGGAGGUGAAGCGCCGCGUUUCGUAUUGCCCUUAAGUCCGAUACGUGCGUCGGAUGGCGAACCCACCAAACUCAUUUGCACGCUGACUGGCAAGCCCAUCCCGCAGAUCACGUGGUACUGCGGUCAGCGUGAACUCCGGCCGUCGCGUGACUUCCAGCCCGCGUUUGAACCAUCGACUGGCACGGCCAGUUUGACCAUCACCGAAGUCUUCCCCGACGAUGAAGGCACCUAUCGUUGCCGAGCCACCAACGCUCAUGGAACGGUGGAAUGUGAAGCGCCUCUCACCGUCGGUGACAUGAUAGUCGUUAGUCAUCAAGAAUUAGUUAGGGCUCCGGUUAUCGGCCAACCGCUGGAGCCGGACAUUGUGCAAACAGGUAGCCGUAAAGUGAUGACGAUCCGCUUUGACGGCUAUCCAACGCCGGAGGUGAAGUGGUACCACAAUGGCCGUGAGAUCCAGCAGAAUGAAAACCGAUUGGUUACCACCUUCAAGAACGAAUCGACGCUUGUUAUCGUUCGUUGCCAUGCCGACAGCACCGGCAAAUACGAAGCUCGAGCCAUGAACGAAGGCGGAGAAGCGCGGACGUCCGCCUCCAUUCAAUUGGGUGACGUUCAAACGACGGCCCAACAACCGCCGAAAUUCCGCAAAGCUCUUCGGCCUCAAAUCGUUCCAGAGAGUGAAGCCAUUGUAAUGGACGUCGAAGUGGAAUCGCUACCGGAAUGCGUGUUCAGCUGGAAACAGCACGGCGCUGCUAUUCAGAGCACGGAAGCUAUGCAAAUCAGCACGCAAAACAACCGAUCGACGUUGUUCAUACCGGAAUCGUUCGUCGAAAACAGCGGCAUCUACACGGUGAAGGCUGAAAAUCCAGCCGGAUCAGUGGCGUCGACGGCCACGUUGACGGUAGAAAGGCAACUGCUGGCCGAGGAGUUCACUCCGCCAGAGAUUGUCAAAGAACUUGCCCAAAUGAAGGUUAUGGAUGGAGAAGAAGUCCACCUCACUUGUCAAGUCAGUGGAACACCGAUGCCACGUAUCAAAUGGUACCACAACGGCCAGCCUGUCCGUGAACAUAAUGGCGUCAUGAUGUCAUUAUCACCUCAAGGAGAGGCUGUUUUGCGACUGGCCGAGGCUUUCCCGGAAGACGCCGGAGUGUACGAAUGCAAGGCCGUCAAUCGUGCUGGCCAGAUAACCACCUCGACUACACUUCAUGUGGAAAGAUACGAAUACAUACCUGAUUCGGAAAGCGCUUCCAUCACGGCUGGUCCAUCCGUCGGAACGUGGGAGGAUUUGACGGGUCCCAGUGGUUCCGAGGAUGAUUUGCUGAGCGACAAACCUGUGGCUAAGAAAGUCGUCAAAACGAAAACUGACAAGAAAUUCAAAUUCCAACCGCAGCCUUCCAAAGAUGAAGAACUAGUCCAAGAUUCCGGAGCAGCCCCUCGCUUUGCCGUAGCGUUACCUCAACAUGUCGAUGUCAAAGACGGCCAUCAGGCCAGAUUCGAAGUGAAAGUGGAGAGCUAUCCAAGGUCCUCUGUGUUUUGGUAUUUGAACGGCAAAGAAAUCCAGCCGUCCAAAGAUUUCGGCAUUGAUCACCUGGAGGAUGGGACGUCCAUUCUGACGCUAAGCGAAGUUUUCCCGGAUGACGCGGGCGAGCUGAUGUGCGAAGCUCACAACGACAAAGGCGUCGUCACGUCCAUCACUCACCUCAAUGUCACUGCUUCAAAAUACAAGGACACGCCCACUUACCGGAAACCGGAAUGGGUGACCCGCAUGGAGAUUGUCCGCGCGCAGAUGUUAGAAUCGCAACAACCUCCGCAGUUCACGACCGAAAUUGUCGACGCUCGUGUACAAGAAGGUGAAGAGGCCAAGUUCGAGUGUUUCUACGCCGGAAACCCGAAACCUGAUAUCUGUUGGUACUUCAACAACAAACUGAUCAACCCCAAUCCGAACGUCAAAAUUCGCAUCAAGGACAACAGCACAUCGUGCACGAUCCUCGAAGUCGAUCAGGACUUGGAGGGCGAGUACAUGUGCAAGGCGACCAGCUCUAGCGGAGCUCACCUCACUAAAGCCCGUCUUCACGUUCACGAGUUGACUGGCGAGGCCCGAGACAUUUGGCUUGCCAAGAAGGCUAAAGUGAUCGAAGAAAAGAAACGCAAAGAGAAAGAGAAGGAGGACAAAAAGACGAAGAAAGAGAAGGGGGCUAAACUCACUAAAGAAGAAUACCUAAAACAAGCCAUGCAGGAAAAGGAGGCCGCCAAAGCUGAAGAAGCCAAAAAAUUGGCAGCCAUUGAAGAAGCCAAGCAGGCCAAAAUCGAAGCUGAACUUCAACCGAAGCCAGAAGUCAAAGUCAACAAAGCCAAGAUUCAAAAAGAAGCCAUGAUUGAGGAAAGCCUCAAUAAAUUCGUGGAAAAUCAAGCGAUCGGCCUGAAAGCUUUGCUGGAAAUGACCGAAAGGAAAUCGUUGAACGUGACCGAAGUGGUGACACAAGACAAGGCCAAUGAAUUCAGCCAAAAUCAGGCACCUUUCAAGGAAUUUCUACAAAUCGAAACGAUGCUCAAAUCCGGCAUAACAGUCGAUCAAAUCGUGACGUUGGGUUCCAUCGGCAAUCUACCAACUCUGACAGCUCCCGAGACCCAGAAAGCUCUUGUCCGUCUGGUAGAAGAUCAAGGUUUCAAAGCCGUCGUUCUUCAGGAAAUCGUGAGAGAGGCCGCUAAAUUGGCUCCUGAAGAGCCGCUUGGUAUGAAAGCUGUUCUCAAAGCUAUCGAGACCAAGAGCGCAGCUGUAGAAGACAUUGUGGUGAUGGCCACACAUCCGGAAGAGUUCAAUUUAGAAGCUCCGCCAGUGCCGGAGAUGGCAACAGUCUCGACUUUGUUGAACGAAGGCAUCUCCUGCGAAGAGAUGUUGACCAUCGUUAAAGCCGGAGAACUGCCGGCCUUGAAUCUCCCCGAAAAUCAAUGGGCACUCAUUCAGAUAAUGGAAAAACUCGGACAAACGGCCAUCGUUUCGCAGGUGAUUGUCGAAGAACCGGCUCUCAAUCUUCCGGCUAUGAUCAACGAGAUUCCGCAAACGGUGGAAGAAAGACUGGACAAAUUCAUCACGAACCAAUCGAUUGGAUUGCGAGCUUUGAUCGGCAUUGCCGUUCAAGAAUCGGUCAACGUCAGCGAAAUGGCAACGUUGGACAGAGUACAAGAGUUCCAGCCGGGACAAGCUCCUUUCCAAGAAUUCCUCAACGUUGACACUAUGCUGAAGUCGGGUGUCAGCGUCGAUCAAAUCGUGACGCUUGGCUCUACUGGAAAUCUUCCCGUCUUGACCGCUCCUGAAAGCCAAAAAGCUUUGGUUCGCAUCGUCGAAGAUCACGGAUCUCGGGCCAUCACUCGCGAAAUUAUCGUGAAGGAAGCAGCCAAAUUGGUUCCCGAGGAAGUGAUUGGUUUGAAGGCCGUGCUCAAAGCGGUCAAGACCAAAAAGGCUGACAUCAAAGACAUUGUCGAAAUGGCCACACGUCCCGAAGAAUUCGGUCUGGAUGCGCAACCCGUUCCAGAAAUGGCCAGUGUUUCUACUCUGCUUCACGAGGGCAUCUCCUGCGAGGAGAUGUUAACCAUCGUCAAAGCUGGAGAAUUGCCCGCUUUGCAAUUACCCGAGACCCAAUGGCCCUUGAUCCAGAUUAUGGAACGCUUGGGACAGACAGCCAUCGUGUCGCAAACUAUCAUCGAGGAACCAACGCUCGGAUUGAAAAUCGAGAUCCCCGAAAUGGCGUCGUCCGUCGAGUCUACUGUUGAACCGCUAUCCACAGCUGUUGUUGAGGUGCUACCAGAUGAUGUUAUCAUCCAGCCGAAGAAGACGAAGAAGCCGUACAGAGUCGAGGACGUCGAGGACGCCUUCGCCGUUCAGGCCCGCAAGGUGAAGGAUAGUGCCGAAGGGGACGAUGUCGAAGGAGGCGCCAUUUUCAAAUUGAAAUCCCAAGGCGAAACGAGUGAAGAUGUCCAGGAAGAGUUCAGUUUGGGAUUGAAACCUCGUCGGCCGGUCAAGCCCAGCAUUUCGGUCGAAGCCGACGAAAGCCUGCGCUUUAAAAUCCCGGCCAGGCCGAAAGUGUCGGCGCCGACCCUGGUGGAAGAUGGUAGCACGUUGACCGUCACCCGUGCCGCUACGUCCGUCUUGGCUGACACGGAGGAAGAAACCACGUGUCCGUUGGAGCCGCAGGAGGGCGACGAGUUCUUCUCGUUGUGCUCUUACGUGGCUGACACGGAAGAAGCCAUGAAUUUGGUAGAGGGCGAAAGGGUCUAUGUCCUCGAAUGGCACAACUCUGAUUGGUGGUUCGUCCGUAAACACCUGACGGAAGAAACGGGCUGGGUCCCUGCCCAGUACCUGAAAGACGACACCAGUUACACGCACUACGUCAAGAAGAAGCUGGACGAGAAGAUCAACAAGUUGCCCGUCUUUGAUUUGCCGUCAACGGACGAAUCCAAAGUGCAGGCCCCGAGGUUCCUGACCAAAUUGCAACCCAUCCGUGCGCCAGAUGGAACCAGCGUCACCUUCGAAUGUCAAGUGGAAGGUUCCCCGCGUCCAGUGAUCACCUGGUUCCGACAGACGGCCGUUAUCAAACCGUCCCAGGAUUUCCAGAUGGUCUACGACGAAGAAGGUAACCUGGCCAGCUUGACGAUCGUCGAAGUCUUCCCUGAAGACGCUGGAACGUUCACCUGCGUGGCCAAGAACUCUGCCGGAUUUGCAUCCAGCUCUACGGAGUUAGUGGUCGAAGCUCCGCUAUCCGACCACGGCUCCGACACGACCAUAACGUCCCGUCGUUCGUUAUCCAGGGAAUCCUCGCUGAUGGACAUCCUGGAAGGCAUUCCGCCGACCUUCUCUCAAAGACCGAAAACGAAAACAGUUGACGAGGGCACCGACGUUGAGCUUGAAUGCCGCUUGGUGGCAGUGCCUGAGCCGGAUGUGGCCUGGUUCCAUAACGGCAAACGCAUCAAGCCCAGCGAUCGCAUUGCCUUGCUGGGUCAGUCGGAUGUGCACAUGUACUGCAGCAUCAUUCAGAUCAAGGAUGUCCAAAUGACCGACGAAGGAACGUACGACAUCAUCGCCCGCAAUCGCGAAGGUGAGGCCGUCAGUCACGUUGUCCUCAACGUCAAAGUCAAAGGCGCCAAGAAGAUGCCACCGCAAGUGGACCAGCCGUUGAAAAAUGCCGUUGUCCAAAUCGGCAGCUCAGUGACGCUGACGGCCAAGGUGACUGGCAUUCCCAGUCCCGUAGUCAAAUGGUACCGUAACGGCGUCGAGAUCCAAACGAACGUCACGACGAACGAGAGGGGCGUUUCAACGUUGAUUAUUCCCGCUGCCCAGCCAGAAGAUGACGGCGAUUACAUGCUGAAUGCUGAAAACGAACACGGGCAAGUUCAAACGUCGGCCACGCUAACAGUCCAGCCGCCAAGCAAACUGCAUUUCGUCGAAAAGUUCAGCCACGUGUCCGUCUUGGAAGGCGAUCCUUUCGUCCUGAAAGCGAGCCUUUCGGCACCGGCUGAAGUUUCGUGGUACCGCAACGGCAAGCGUUUGAAGCCGACCAAGUCGCUGAAGAUCACGUCGGACGGGUUAGUGCACACUUUGCAAGUGUCCAGCGCCAGCGUCGACAAGGAAAUCGGCGAAUACAAAUGCGUGGCCAGCGCCACUGGCGGAACGAAAAUAUCGCACGCAGCGCACGUCACUGUCGAGUGCAAUAUUUUCGUCCAGCCGCUGGAAGAUGUCGAAGUCGAUGCCGGAUCGGAUGUCGUUCUCCUGUGCCGAACCAAAGAGCCCGCCGAGGUGUUUUGGUACAGAGACGACAUCCUUCUAACCCCGCUUUUGCCUAGCGGGCAACAAGGUCCAGUUCAAGAGAGUAGAGAUAGAGAACAUAAGUUGGUGAUGCGCAGGGUGGGCAGGAAGGAGACGGGUCGUUACAGCUGCACGUUCCACAAUCAAACGACCGCUUGUGUUUUCACAGUCAGGGCCGAACCGGCGCACGAAUUCGUCACCAAGAUCAAGGAUCUAGAGAUCAAGGAGCGCCAACCGGCCGUCUUUACGGCCGACGUCUCGGACGACGCGGCCCAGGUCACGUGGCACAAGGACGGCGAGCCGCUGGAUCAAGCCAAUACGGAACGCUACGAAUUCGUCGCAGAGGCUCGCAAGAGGAGCUUCACCAUCCGUAGCGUUUCGCUGCUGGACGAAGGCGAGUAUACGUGCUCGCUGGCCGAUCAGGAGUGCACGGCCGAGUUGGUAGUCAUCGAACUGCCUCCCGAGAUCACUCUACGUCUUCAAGACGUGACGGUCCGUCGCGGAGAAGAGGCCAGCUUUGAGAUCGAGUUGACCAAAGGUGACGCCAAGAUCCAGUGGUUCCGCAACAACGAGGAGAUCCAGCUCUCCGAGCACAUCCAACUGGCCAUCGAUGGUAAGCGUCAGAGGUUAGUCAUCUACGAUAGCGGGCCGGAAGAUGCCUGCGAGUACUCUUGCGUCAUCGGAGAUCAGAAGUCUGCGGCGCGACUCCAAGUCCUGGCGCCCAAAGUGAACUUUGUGGCCAAAUUGCCGGAGAUCGUUGCCGCCCCGAUGGGUCAGGACGUCACCUUCACCGUCCAGCUGACAGGCGAAGAUGCCGAAGUGACGUGGAUGAAGAACGGAGAAGUCGUCGUCGAUUCCGAUAGGAUCAAACUCACUCGAGACGGCUGUGCCCGGUCUUUGACCAUCACCAAAGCUGCGAUCGAAGAUAGUGCGGAAUACACUUGCAUCCUGGAGGCCAUGAAGACCGUCACCGUACUGACGGUGGAAGUACCAAAGGUCCCGCCCAGCAUACCCAUCGAUCAAGUGCACGCAGAGGUGUGGGUCCGUCGCGGAGAGGAUGCCGUCAUUGAGGUCCCGUUCAAUGGCUUCCCUACACCCAAAGCCGAAUGGACGUUCAAGGGCAAAGCCAUCCGCAAGACCAAGAAGUCGGUGUACAGCAUCAGCGAAACGUCUGCCCAGCUCACGUUGAAAUUAGUCGACGAAAACGAAGCCGGCGUCUAUACCUGCAAACUGUCCAACGAGUGUGGCGACGUCAGCGUGUCUGUUACUAUCAAACUCAUCGAAAAACCGAGCAGUCCCAGCGCGCCGGAAUGUCUAGAAACGGCCGACGAUUCCAUCACAAUUAUGUGGAAACCCCGCUUUAAUGGCGGCUCCGUCAUCACAAACUACAUCAUCGAGUAUCAAGAAAAGCAAAAAAAAUGGGUGACGGCCAACAAAGAUGUCACCGUCAUCGAAACAACGUACAUGGUCACCAAAUUAACGCACAACACCGAGUACAGGUUCCGCGUGACAGCCGUCAAUAGCGCAGGUCCUGGAACACCAUCCAGCGAAUCGUUGCUGUUCAAAGCAGCUAAAGCCGCCAUCCCAGAAGCGCCGGUUAUCCGUGAGCCAUUGAAAGACGUCACAGCCGGCCUGAAAGAAACGGCCACGCUGUCUUGCAUCAUCGUCGGUGUUCCACAACCGACGCUGACCUGGUACAAGGAUGACGACGAAUUCGUGCCGAAAUCUUCAUCGUACGAAAGCGGAUUGGCUCGUCUUAUCUUGAAUAAUACCACCGAAGAAUCAGCCGGCCAGUACACGUGCCGGGCCUCCAACGACAGCGGAUCGGUCGAGUGUUCUUGCACGUUGACCAUCCAAGAAGCGCCCAAGAUCGUUCCAGAGAAAAAGACCAAAGUGUAUCGUCUGCAAGUCGAGAAGCAAUGGUCCAUCACGGCUAAGGUGACGGGCUUACCUCGACCUGACAUCACCUGGACUAAAAACGGGGCCAGCUUUGAAGGCAAUACGCAUUACAUCGCUGACGUCGAAGCCCAGUCGUCGACGGCCUGUUCCACUACGUUGACUAUCAUCACCACCGAGCGCACGGACACAGCUAAAUAUACGCUGACCGCAACGAAUGUGGCUGGAACAGUCACUCACGAUGUAACUUUGAAAAUCAGCGAUAAACCGAGCAAGCCUCAAGGCCCGCUUGUAGCCAAAGAGGUAGACAAGACAUCGGCCACGAUGGAAUGGAAGCCUCCGCUGGAUGAUGGCGGCAUAGAACUCAAGGGCUACGUUGUUGAAUACAGCGAGAUCUUUACCGAACAAUGGAAACAGGUUGAAGAAAUCUGCCCUCAUCCCAUCUGCCACGUUCAGAAUUUGACCGAAGGAUUGGAAUACGUCUUCCGCGUUAGUGCCGUUAACGAUGUCGGUACUAGCGAACCGCUGGACACCGGAGCGCCGGUGUUGAUCAAGAGCCAAUUCGAUACGCCGUCAGCCCCUCGCGGCCCGCUGGACAUCUCUGGCAUGACGGAUACUUCUUUGGUACUGAAAUGGUUGCCGCCGACAAGCGAUGGAGGCUCUCCUCUAACGGAAUACCUCAUCGAGCGUCGUGAAGUCUCUAAAAAAGCUUGGCAGAAAGUGGGCGCCGUCGAUGGAAAGACGACAUACAUCGAGGCUUGUAGUCUGAAGAAAGGAACGUCCUACAAUUUCAGAAUCACGGCCCAGAAUCAGCUGGGAUACGGGCCAGCUUACUCGCCAGAGGAUGUCAUCGUCGCAGGCAAACGGAUUACUCCCCCAUCACCGCCCAGCAAUUUGCAAGUGGCGGACAUCACGAGCCGAUCGGUGACCCUGCAAUGGGCUCCACCAGCAUCGACGGGUGGAGCUGAAUUGACGGGUUACAUCAUCGAAAAAAAUGCUGCAAGGAACGGACAAGUGGGAGAAGGUGGUCACACUCGAUCCGUCCGUCACCGUCCACUGCAUUCAAAAUUUGAAGGAGCGAUCCGAGUUCUUCUUCCGCGUGUUCACCGAGAACCCGAUGGGACUUUCGGCCCCGGCCGAGAGCGAGAAAGUUUCGUUGAAGACGCACGCUACUGUUCCGUCACCUCCGACGUCUCCGCUGGAAGUGCGUCCGGUUGGACCCAACUCGAUCAUCGUCGAGUGGGGCAUUCCAGAGAGCGACGGUGGCGCUGCCAUCGAUGGCUAUAUCGUCGCUGUCCGGGAUAGCCGUAAAACCAUGUGGAUGGAAGUCGGUCAAGUUGGAGCUGACACAACUCGCCUUAUCGUCAAAGACAUGCAGGAGGGUCACAAAUAUUACGUCCGAGUUUUCGCCCGAAACGAAGUGGGUCUCAGCGAUCCACUAGAAACCGAAGAACCGGUGAAAGUCGUUCGACCACCAGAUUACCUCGAACCGGGCAUAGCCGGCCCGGCUCACAAGGAUCCGACAGCGUCGUUAAGUCUCAGCACGGAGACGCUGUCGUCGUGGAUGCGCGACGCGAACAUGGAUGCCGAUAUCCGCAUUUACUCGCGCUCGUCCCUCCUCCGCCGUGAUGAAUAUUUCUUCCGCGUUUGGUACUACUCUCGACAACUCUUCAAAUAAUAAU